CAGCGACGCAGUGCAGGAGCGCAGCGCGCGCACAUCCACCGCACUAACCUACUAACCAACGCUACAACACUGAAGAAUUCCGUCACAACACACACAAUUACCCUGCGCUGCAUUAUUUAUGUGAAGUUUCUCUGAUUAAUGUCUAAAUUUUUAACGUUUCAGAGAGCAAACCGGUCAUCAUAAAUCCGUUACUGGAGUUUUCUCAAGGAGAAUCUGAACAUGUACACACGCGCUCGUGCGUCCGAGCACGCGACCGCUCUCACGGUCCAGCGCGUGCUGCGAUAAUGCGCCACUCUGACUGAAGACGCGCGCCAGAAGCAAUCUCAGCCGCUUCAUAAUAAUUUGAACGUCUAUACUACAUCUGCGCUAUUUUGAUUUUAAUUGUGUCUUCAUUGGUUUUUCUCCCUUCAGUGAGGCACUCUGAAAAAGCUGCUCGAGAAUGUCUGCUGCAGAUGAUGCCAACCCAGCAGGUGCUCCUGGAGGAGCCGGUCCUCCUGCUGCCCCUCCAAACACCACCAGCAACCGCCGACUGCAGCAGACACAAGCACAAGUGGACGAGGUGGUGGAUAUCAUGCGUGUGAAUGUGGAUAAGGUUCUGGAGAGAGACCAGAAGCUCUCCGAGCUGGACGACAGGGCAGAUGCUCUACAGGCCGGAGCGUCACAGUUCGAAAGCUGUGCUGCCAAACUGAAGAACAAAUACUGGUGGAAGAAUUGCAAGAUGAUGAUUAUUAUGGGUGUCAUUGGAGUCAUCUUCAUCGGAAUCAUUUUCUUGUAUUUCUUCACCUGAGCCGAUCCACCUGCAACGAACAAGAAUGAGUGAAUGAAGAAAACACAAUCAUGAGCUCUGUCCAUUUUCCACAUCCUUCUCGCUUUAAUCUCGAGGUCUCUCCGUUUAGCCGUUUUGAACCUUUAUGUAACAGUAAUACAGAGAAAUCUGCUCUCCUUUAUCCUCUAGAAGAAUUAGCACAUUUCAGUCUCUCUCUCUCUCUCUCUCUCUCUCUCUCUCUCUCGUUCCCUCCAUUCCAGAAUCUCCUGCAUUAUUUAAAUGUUUUGCAGACAUUCAUACAUGAAUGCACAGAGAGAGCAGAAGAAAAACAGACUGGGAGAGACGAGUGAGAAGAUAAGGAGAGAGAGAGAGAGAGAGAAUGCUCAUGGAAGGAGGCGUACAAUACUGUUUCAAAGUUUGAGAAAGAAAAUAAUACUUUUAUUCAUCAAGGAUGCAUUAAUUUGGUCAAUAGUGACAGUGUCAGACAUUCAAAAUGUUAAGAAAAAAAAAUCUAAUUUCUAAGCAUGGUUUCCACAAAACCAUUAAGAAAGACAUUGAUCAAUAAUCAGAAAUGUUUCUUGAGAAUCGGAUCAGCAUAUUACAAUGAUUUCUGAAGGAUCAUGUCUCACUGAAGUAAUGAUGCUGAAAAUUCAGCUUUAAAAAAUUACAGUUUAAAAUAUAUUAAAUUAGAAAACAGUUAUUUUGCAUUGUAAUAAUAUUUUACAUUAUUAAUGUUUUUUUUUGUUGAUCAAAUGAAUGCAUCUUUGGUGAGCAUAAGAGAACAUUUUAAAACAAUUUUUGAACGGUAGUGUAUGUAAGAGAAAAUGUGUGUGUUUGUAUGAAUGUGAGAGUGAAAUAGAAAUAAUAAGUCGUCAUGUGAACAUCAUUUCUGUCUCUGUUUUGCCAAAGCUUUCUCAUCUGACAUUUAGGAGAACUUUUAUAAACUGAUAUUGUCAGAAUCCCCGCAGGUUUGCCUCUUAACCCAUUAUCACUGCUGCUGUUGCAGUAGAUUCAUCAGCUAUCAUCCACUGAUUUUUAUUCUGAAUGUGUCUGUGUGAUUUAGAUUCAGACAUCUCCAGAAAAACAGCACAAAUAGACAGAUCAGUUAUGAGAAUAGCUGUGGGGGGGUUUCUACCUACGGUAUAGGUGCACAGGUUAUGAAAAUAAACAGGAAAAAUACAUGCAAAACUGUAAUCAAGUGGAAAAGUGAGAACUUGUACACAUUGAAAACACAUAAGGUAGCUAGAAUAAGAUUUCCAUGUGUUUGUUUUGACUUGCAUGGCAGAAUAAUCCCACUGUUCGACUGUUUUGUGUGUGAUAUGGGUAUUUAUUACUAUUAACUGCCUGUUAUGAGCCUCAUCUGGGAACAACAUGUGAAUGCUACAAGCCUGCCAAAAUGUACUGAAACAAAUGUACAGAAAUUGACAGAUAAUCAAUGCAGACAAAGCAUAAACAAUAAUCUAUACUGCCAUGCAAUUUACAACAGUUGGUUUUCACAUUCCUUUUUUUCAGCACAGACUUUUGUAUUUUGUUUUGUUGUUGGAGGAUUUAGACAUGUCUAUUUUUUCUCUUGUAUGAUCAAGUGAACAAACUAAAAAUGAGGACAAAUUAUUAUGUGUUUAAAUAUUGAUGAAAGCAUAUAGCAUAACCAUAUACCAUAUGGAAUAAUGAAAUUAGCUCUGAUGCCAGUUUUAGAUUUGAAUGGCAUAAACAGCAUGCUUGUAUGUCUCUGAUACUUUAAUGAUGCCAAUAAAGCCAUCGACAAAACCUUA